AUGGAAAAAGCCAAUCGCACUUUGGUCACUGAAUUUGUCUUCCUGAGAUUUUCCAACUCCCCAAGUCUCCAACUACUCUACUUUUCCUUCUUCCUCCUUGUAUACCUCUUGUCCCUGGCGGGCAACGUGCUAAUUUUGCUCAUUGUGGCCUUGGAUAGCCGCCUUCACACUCCCAUGUACUUCUUCAUCUGCAAUCUCUCCUUAGUAGAAUUCUGGUACACCACGGUCACUGUGCCCAAGAUGUUGGCCAACUUUCUCACUUCCAAAGGCAUCAUCUCAGUUCCCAGCUGCAUCACCCAGUACUACUUCUUCUUCUCUCUGGCUGCCACUGAGCUUUUCAUUCUCACCACAAUGGCCUUUGACCGUUACGCUGCCAUCUGCCGACCUCUCCACUACCCACUGCUGCUCAGUCCCCAAACGUGUGGAACUCUGGCUGGAGUCUGUUGGUCUGUAGGAUUCCUCUGCCCUAUGUUCCCCUCAUUUCUACUUGCACAAAUAUCCUUCUGUACCCCAAACCAGAUCAACCACUUCUUUUGUGAUGCUGAUCAGAUUUUCCGCCUUUCCUGCACAGACACAUAUACCAUCCAAGUGGUGGGCUAUACAUUUAGUACUGUCAUUAUCCUAGGUGCCCUGGUCUUUACCAUGGCUUCUUAUGCUAAAAUUCUGGUCACAAUUCUAGGCAUGGCUUCUGCUGCUGCCCGGCGCAAGGCCUUUUCCACAUGCACAGCCCACCUUUCUGUGAUCACCAUCUAUUUUGGCACACUCAUAUUUAUGUAUGUCCGCCCAGCUGUGAAGUAUGAGUCAAGUAGCAAUAAGAUUGUGUCCAUCUUCUACUCAGUUAUCACCCCACUUCUCAAUCCACUCAUCUAUACGCUCCGCAACAAGGAUGUUAAAGAAGCAUUGAAAGUGUUGGUAUUUCGGAUUCAAAAGUUCUGCCACCCCAGGAAGGAGAAUCAGUGA